AUGGAUCCUGAAGCGGUGAUGGAGGAGCUGGUUCCGACCACGCGUUCUUUCACCACGCCCUACCCCGAGGACAAUAAUCUGACGUGGACAAACAUCACCAAUUCCACCAGCAAUUUGAACUAUUAUUAUUUCUAUGAUUGGAUUCAGUAUACGGUAUUAUGGACGUUGUUCAUCUUGAUUGUGGUGCUGAACGCGUCUGUGAUCGCGGCAUUGCUGUGUACUAAUGCUAGGAAGAGCCGGAUGAACUUCUUUAUCAUGCAGUUAGCCAUCGCUGAUCUGUUUGUGGGAAUGAUCUUGGUGUUCGCUGAUAUCAUCCAGAAGAUAACCAUCGCGUGGUUGGCCGGAGAGUUCAUGUGCAAGCUCGUCAAAUUCCUGCAGGCGGUGGUGAUGUACGCGUCCACAUACGUCUUAGUGGCACUGAGUAUCGACCGCUGUGACGCCAUUACCAACCCUAUGAACUUUUCAGGCAGCUGGAAUCGAGCGCGUGGUUUGAUCGUGUCGGCCUGGCUCAUCAGCAUAGUCUUCUCCAUCCCAAUAUUCAUUCUUUACGAGGUCAAGGAAGUCCAGGGCCAACUGCAAUGCUGGAUAGACUUGGGUUCUCCGCGCCGCUGGCAGGUGUGGAUGACCCUGGUCUCCAUCAUGAUCUUCGUGCUACCAGCCCUGACCAUCGCAGCGUGCUACGCCGUUAUCGUAUUGACAAUUUGGACCAAGAGUAAAGCCGUUGUCAUGAGCCCGCCUGUGAAUUCCAGGAGAACCAAAACUAUGCGAAAUGGUCAAGUCGAGUGUGACCCGGAGUCGCGUCGCGCCAGCUCGCGUGGCCUUAUACCUCGGGCCAAGAUCAAGAGUGUUAAGAUGACUUUCGUCAUUGUAUUUGUAUUCAUCCUCUGCUGGUCACCGUACAUCGUGUUCGACCUACUGCAAGUCUACAAUCACAUACCCCCGACGCAGACCAAUAUGGCUAUAGCUACUCUCAUCCAGAGCUUAGCACCUCUCAAUUCUGCUGCCAACCCAUUAAUUUGCUGCAUGUUCUCGCCACAUAUUUACACGAGCCUAAGGCGAGUACCACCAUAUAAAUGGUUCUGGUGGGGCCGACGACGACGCCGCAAUACACGGGGAACAGUUCGUUCGCGAUCCGACUCUACAGCCAACUCCGAUCUGCUUAGCUCUACACAUGCAAAAAGAUCCCAUUCUGUUGCUACGAUCCUUAACCGAACACAAAACAGCAGCAUAUCCCGGGCAAAAUCAGAUCCUCGUCGUACCCAGCUGCUGGUUCUCAUAUCGGCGCGCGAAUGACAGCAACCAAUCAAUGAGCCGGUGCGUGACGUGAUGCUCUAGCGCCGACCAAUCCCGUGCGCAUGCGUUCUGCCCAGGAACACUUACGUGACGUCAAAGUACGACGACGACAGUGGCAUGUGCAAGCGGGUGUAAAUAGAACUUGUGAUUGUGAGUUACAUCGGAUAAAUUUCUGAUUAUGAUUGCGUGUGUUGAACGAAAGU